ACAGAUUUGUAGCGCGGGCCCUCAAUCGAUCUCACUGCACACAGUUAAACGUUACGAAAGAUGCUUCUUUUACAAACCAAAACAAUAAACCGAGGAGUUAGGAGUCAGAAAAGACACUGGCCCGUGCAUUAAACCUGACCGAGACUAUUUAAAAAAACUCAUUUGUAGUUUUUCGAGUGCCUGCCAUCUAUUAUUUCACUACUAUUGCCAUUAGACGCGUCUUUUUUAAUUUUUUCGAGCAGUCGGCGCCAGUCUGAUGAAUUCACCGAAACAGGACGAGGAUGAUGUGCCCGUUAAAGACCCCAUCAAAUACGGAGAGCUGGUCAUCUUGGGGUACAAUGGCUCCCUGCCCACCGGCGACCGCGGUCGCAGGAAGAGCCACUUCGCUCUCUACCGACGAGCCAAGGCCAACGGCGUCAAGCCCAGCACCGUACACAUCCUCACCACCCCACAGGACAGCAAGGCGGUCAACAGCAGGGGGCAGCACAGCAUCUCCUUCACGCUGUCUCGCAACCAGACAGUGGUGGUGGAGUAUUGCCAUGACAACAAUACAGACAUGUUCCAGAUCGGGCGUUCCACGGAGAGCCCCAUCGACUUCGUGGUGACGGACACGUCGGGCGGCGGCAAGGAGGGCGAGGACCCCUCGGUGGCCCCCAGCACCAUCUCCCGCUUCGCCUGCCGGGUGGUGUGCGAGCGCAGCCCGCCCUACACCGCCCGCAUCUACGCUGCCGGCUUCGACUCGUCCAAAAACAUCUUCCUGGGGGAGAAGGCCACCAAGUGGAAGAACCCCGACGGCCACAUGGACGGGCUGACCACCAACGGGGUGCUGGUGAUGCACCCCGACGGCUUCCCCGAGGACUCCCGCCAGGGCCUGUGGCGGGAGAUCUCCGUGUGCGGGGACGUGUACGCCCUGAGGGAGACCCGGUCCGGACCCACCCGCGGCACCCUGGCGGAGGGUGAGAGCAGCGCCCUGCGCGACGGCUCCCUGGUGGACCUGUGCGGGGCCACCCUGCUGUGGCGGACGGGCGAGGGGCUCCUGAGGGCCCCCACCAUCAGGCACCUGGAAGCCCUGCGGCAGGAGCUGAACGCGGCACGCCCGCAGUGUCCCGUGGGCCUGAGCACCCUGGCCUUCCCCAGCCUGCCUCGAAGCCACAGCCUGGAGGAGCGCCAGCCCUGGGUAUACCUCACCUGCGGCCACGUGCACGGCCGCCACGACUGGGGCCAGCGCUCGGAGGGCCAGGAGGCGCCGCGGGACGGCGACGGUUCCUCGCUGGCGCGCCGCGAGUGCCCGCUGUGCCGCAGCGUGGGCCCCUACGUGCCGCUGUGGCUGGGCUGCGAGCCGGCCGUCUACGUGGACGCCGGCGCGCCCACGCACGCCUUGGUGCCGUGCGGCCACGUGUGCUCGGAGAGGACCGUCAGGUACUGGGCGGAGACGCCGCUGCCCCACGGCACGCACGCCUUUCGGCCCGUCUGCCCCUUCUGCUCCUCGGCGCUGGGCACGCCCGGCUGGACGCGCCUCAUCUUCCAGGGGCCCAUCGACUGAGGGGCCGCGGAGUACAGAGGGGGGGGGGGGGGGGGACCGUCCACGCCUACCCACCCACCCGCCCGCCAACCCCACCCACCUCCACCACCCACCUCCACCACCCACUGCAGAAUGACGCCCCCGAGCUGCGGUCAGAGUUCGGAACCUUGGGUCCAAAACGUCGGAACCGAUUUGUCGGUUGGUCGGUUGUUAAUCGUAGAUUAAGGUUGUUUUUUUUCGGUUUGGUUCGUUUAGUGCUAAAUCGUUGCCGAUUGGUGUCAAGUGCUACAUUGACAGUGAUGCAAGCGUUUUCACCUCAAAUUUUAAUUGGAGUCUAUUACAGUCUAUUCGUCGUUAGUUCAACUUAACGAUUUUGCUCAAAUGGCUGGCACAAUGGUAAGUCUCUGAACGCAGCUCGGAGCUGAAGCUUCUCAAAGCCUGCCUCAAAGUUUGCUGAUCUGUAUAGAACCAGGAUGGGUAACUCGCUCACACAGUCCUGUCCAGAGAGGUAUACACGACAAGGGGGGACGUCCGAUCUAUGCAGAUUUCCAAACCCAUCACACACGAAGGCCGGGCUUUUAUGAAAACUCCUCGUCUUGGAAAAAAUCCACUUCAUCACUCUACAAAGCAAUAACAGCACUUCCAUGCAAUACUAGAUAAGCUAAACGUGAAGCCACACUUUUUCAACAGAGUGUGGGUUCAUCGAUCACUUUAGACAUAGUGAAGAAAAAAAAAAAAAAAAGUCUUGGGCCAAAGGGCUCAACCAGAGGUGUGUUUGAUAUCGAAGUUCGAUAGUUUUUUGUGUUUAGGGUUAGAACGUAAGAACGUAAAGCAAAUCGGAAAAAAUAUUAGAAUUGAUUUUUACUUUUAUCUGAAAGUGUGAAUGCUGAUUUCAGACACGUUUUGCAGCUGCUUGAAACAUGCAAGGAGGAGUUUGCGGGCACGAUAAAAACAGGGUCAAUGUUAUUGUGUUGACGGACGGACGGACGGUCGAGACCACAUAUAACCUCAAAAAAGAAAAUACUUUUUUCUUUCUCCGUGUUUGAAAGAAAAUAAAAUAUUUUGUUAGGAAGCGGGGAGGGAUCCAUUUAGAGAUCUGGUAGGGGGGGGUUAUUUUAGAUGUUCAGUGUUGAAAAAAAACAAAUAUAUAACUAUUUUUCUAACUGGCCAACUGUUUUUGAGUUAACUGUUUUCUUUCAGUGUGCGCAAGUGUGUGUUUCAGAGUAUAACUGUGUGGUAGGUAUAUCUGGUGAGAGCUUCUGAGAGCAGGAAAAAAAUAUGUUAUUGCCAACACUGUGUCGAGAAAACACACACACACACACACACACACACACACACACACACACACACACACACACACACACACACACACACACACACACACACACACACACACACACACACACACACACACAGAGAGAGAGAAAAACACACAGAGAGAGAGAAAAACACACACAGAGAGAGAAAAACACACACACACAAAGAAAAACACACACACACACACACACACACAGAGAGAAAAACACACGCACACAAAGAAAAACACACACACACCACAGACCGUAAAUGCAUUGCCCUGACAAUGAAUGUAGCCAAAUACACAAGGCUAUGUCUAGCCUUCCCAGGUGCUCAUAACGAAUUGUCUAUAUUGUGAUACUAUUUUUGUAAUUGAAUUUACGGUGUAGCUUGAUUGUGGUUAGCAUCAGAAGGUCCUCCUGUGUGUGCGUGUGUGUGUGAAUAGUUGGCUCCAUUAUAUAAAAAAAAAAAAAAAGAAAGGAAAAAAAAAAAAGUUAAAGGAUGUUGUGAUAUUACGAAAGUCACGAAAUAAUGUCUCGCUUGCAUGUGAACGAACGUACACUCUGCUUCAUACGCUCAAAGACGGGGAGGCAAAGGACAGACUGUUAGGAGUUUCCACGGUGGACGGCCAAACUUGUAAGAUUCACACGGAAAGUAUUUUAGCCCCGGAGAAGUUCUACAGUCCAAGCUUUCUUCCAAGUGCUUUGUUCCUCGAAACAAUAAUAGCAAUUAUAUUAAUUUUUUGGUUUGAAACUAAGCAAUUUUCAAUGCAAAACGAGGGUGAUGUCAGCGGAAUGUUAAUGGUCACACAACACGAUGAACAGAGCGGGAAUCCCGUGUCGCUUCUUACAGAUGGAAACGCUUUGUUUUGGGCUGGGUUGUCGUCGUAGUGUUAGGUGCUUUUGUUCAGACUCUCUCGUAGUCUCGACUCUCUUUACAGGUAACUGGGGGGUGGACAGCAUUCCCCCCCCUGCCCUGCCUCUAGCAUUCAACCAGGUCCAUAGAAAUGUCUAUUUUUUUCCUAAUGGUGUCUGAAAUGUAGAAAAAAAAACAAUUCACAACGCCUGCAUUAGAAUAAAGAUCUGGUCCUACCGGGUCCUAUACUUCACAUACGGGUAGUAACACCGGAGGGACUUUACCGUCGUGGCUAGAGUGAAUCAACCUGAUGGGUUUAUUCUCUUCUACUCCUUAACGCAACACGCAUCGAAACCACUAGGGGGCAGCAGCGAGUCUGAAAACGUUGUGUAAAACAGUUUAAUGUGUUACCUUUGGCAUGUGGCAAAGAGGAGCAGACCUUCACAACAAUAUUCACGUUGUCCUUCUUUUUUGACAUUAAAUAAAGUUUGUAUUUUUUAUGAAAAAUCGUUAUUUUCUACCAGUCCUUAUUGGAUCGUUCCAUAUUAAACUGUUUUUUGGUUUAUUGUUCUUGUUCCUAGCAUAACGAAGUCCAAGCACUUCAGAGAAGUCAUAAUAGUGCGUAUCUCGAUUCAAGAUGGACACAUUAUUUUUAAUUAAAUAUUUGGGUAGUAUCUAUACUCUUUCUAGUUUUUUGCCAACUAGUUGACAUUGUCAUCCUGGGUAUUUUAUAUUUUUACUUCUUUACACCGUCAUUCACUUAAGUCACCAACAUUAUACCAUUACAUGGUAUUUGUUAUUUUUGUUUAUUUUAUAUAAUUUUCUGUAUUUCUCUGGUGCACAGACAAUCGCUAUACACAUGUCAAUAAACCUGUUAACCCAAAUCAGAUGUCUUCUUUCUCUCGACUUGUGUAUUCACAAGGCGUUCAUUCAUUUGUAAACUACUCUGAACUAGUAUGUGCUAGGCCUCCUUAAAAACAACCCAAAAACAAGUAAAAGCGAAAAUACGAUAGCGAAAUAUAAAGACUCCAACAUUAAUUGCUAGAAAUCGUAUUGCAGUUCAAUAAACGAGGCCUAUGUGCUCACCUCGGAAGCGUGCAUGUUUUUGCAGCGCUCAGCCACCAGAGGGCAGUCUGAGAGAGGCUGGCUCAACAUAAUGGGGGGUUGCUUUCACGUUGCAUCACCGCCUCGAGUCGUCUGCAAUCAUAAAAACCAAUUUUGACAGUCACACUCAUUGCCACGCAAACCUGAAAAAUUAUAAACAACAUGCUAAAUGACAACAUAUUUUUUUGAAGAACAAAAUGUCUUCAUUCUUUUCUGACACUGAAAGAGUGUGGCGUCUUUGCUGAGCGUGGCGUUGUACAAAAGUUUGUUGGGAAAUGAUUUCUCUCUUAAACCACCGGGAAACAGUUUGCUUCUCCCCCCCCCCAUAUAAAGAUUAUGAAGCCUAUUUCAUGGGUAUCUUGGUGACACACAGCACUUAAUCUCUUCCACAGCAAGGGUAAGAAGUAGCAGAAGAGAAAGCCAGUGCGAAGGAAAGUCUACAGAAAGAUAUACCACGGCCUAUUAUAGUUACUUUGUGGUAUAGGGGCUUUAGGCCUAUAUGGUAUUGUUAGACUAUGGUGGCCUGCAGUUCUAUUCUACACUUGAUAUAUUCGUCCUUAUGGGAGAAAAGGGCACAGAUCAUUUGGAUUUGUGAGUAUUGCAGUUUUAGAAAAACAGUUGGAAUAUUAAGGUCAAAUAAAUAAAAUAAAAUCGAAAGAAAACGUCUGGUUCAGUGUAAUUAAUUAUCAACACCCUUCAAUCGUGUUUGUAUUUGUGUGUGUG